UAGCUCCUUUUUGUGUGCUUGUGUGUGUGUGUGUCACUUUCAGCAGGCGGAUUAAGAUGCCUCCGCUCGGGCUUCGGCCCGGCUGCUGGCCCUACUGAAGUCCCCCGGGGCAGGUGAAGGGGAAAAGGUAAACGGGCAGGUGUGCAGCCAGCCCCGCAGUCCGGAUCUACCUGCCUCUGGUUCCUGUUGGGGGGGCCCCGCCAGCCCAGGCACCCCACGCUCACAAAAGGAGAGCCAAGCCCAGCAGAGGGAAGGAGGCGAAGGAGGAGCCCAGCCCAGACACCUUUACCUGCAGCCAUGGCCCAAGCAGCGCCUCUCAGCAUCCUGGAGGCCACCUGCCCCAUCCAGGUGGAGCACGACCGCAAGAGGAGGCAGUUCACCGUCCGGCUGAACGGUUGUCAUGACAAAGCCGUCCUGCUGUACGAAUACGUGGGGAAGCGAAUAGUGGACCUGCAGCACACGGAAGUCCCCGAUGCCUACCGAGGGAGAGGAAUAGCCAAACACCUGGCAAAGGCCGCCUUGGAUUUUGUGGUGGAAGAGGACUUGAAAGCUCACCUGACGUGCUGGUACAUCCAGAAAUACGUCAAAGAGAACCCUCUGCCUCAAUACCUGGAACAUUUGCAGUCGUAACGGAGGAACAUCGCAGAGCCCAGAUGGCUCAGACACUCGAUAGCCCGGGCCUUGACUUUCCAACCACAGCCUUCACUCUUGCGCAGGUCUCGGGCAGCCGACUGCCCGGCCAGUGCUCCAAAUUCUUGUUUUCACCGGGACGCAAUGUGCGACCGACCGCUCGAUGCUUCCACCCGCCUCCGGCUCUUCCAACGCUUUUUGGCUGACCUGGAAUUGUGUUGUGGACACGGACCUUCUCUUUGGAAGAGACCGGCGGGUGCUAGCUCGCGGCGCUAACAGCGGCAGGGCUGAGUUGCUUUCGCCCAGUCCUUGGAGACGAGACGGUUUCUUUUCGUUCUUCCUCUCAAAGGAAUGAGGGGUUUGGGGACGCCGUCUAAGAAACCUGGCACUCGGCGAACUGGUCAACGCUCAACACGGCUGGAAGAGUUUGAAUGGCACGCUCUUGAAGGAGCAGCAAUCGUCUUUUGAUAUCUGGGCCUGUCCUGAAUGAUGUUAGGGAGAUAUUUCUAACCAGAUAGAAUAAACCUUGGUAGGACCUGCCAGGGAGCGUGCCAUCAGACUGGCAUUUCAGAGGCCGGGAUGUUCAGGCACGUCUCUUCUGGCACAAGCGGGCCCCAGUUCUUAUUUUCUGCCCAAGUCCUGGCGACCACCCGACAGAGGUGAAAAUGCAGGGGGUUGGGGGGUAAUCUGUUGCGUCAGUUGGGGGGAAUUUAAAAUAAUCUCCUGCUGUGUUUUGGGGGGGGGGGUUGUUUUUGGCAGAAACUCCAUGUUCUUCUCAAGUGGAGGAUACAGCUUGAGAUUGAGACGAAGCAAUAACAGACCCAAGACGUGGGGGGAAGGGACAGAAACGGUAAAGGCAAGGCCAACUUGGAGGGCCAUUAAUUCCGAGCACUGAGCAGUAAGAAGGUCUGGCGUUCUUGCAAGCUGCUUCUUGGGUCGCUGAGGGAAAUGGGCUUCGGAGAAAGGGGUGGAGAGAAAACCCUUAGAAAUGAGAAAUUCUAAGCUUCCCCACUCUCAAAAGGUAAUUGGGACUAGUCUGAACUUCACUGGUUCUUUCAACUUCUCAAGCUAAGCAACUUGUAAGGGCGUUCUUGUGCAUUUCAACUCAACCGUCACUCCUUGGCGGGGAGGUAAAGGAUUUGGCAAGUCUUCUGGGGAUACACUGUCUUAUUCUAGGACCAUGUUCCUGUCCACUGCCUUUCCCUAUGCCCGUUUCCCAUAAUGCUGUCUCCAGAAGGGACACCGAUGAGCAGAAAUGAGGAGAUUUGGGAGAGGCCUUUAUGAUUCUGCUAGCCCAGGUUGCCGUGGGUAUUGCAAGCCAGGGUAGGUGCUAUAGCUGCCCAGGAGGUGACAGAUGGAUACAUCCUCUCCCCAACCUGGCCCAGGUGCGUGCAGUUGAGGAAUCCAAUGGAACUCCAGGACUAGGUCUUUGGUCAGGACACCACGUCGACGGGAAGUUCAGGCUGCCGAGCUCACGUUCCUGCUAUCAGCAGCAACUCCGUCUCCUUAGAACCGGCUCUUGGCUAUUUCAGAGUUUGCGACUGGUGUCCCACGCUCUCGCCUGUCCCUUCUCUCUCUCCAGGGCGGGAAAAAAACCCUCAGUCUUCCAAGCCAGCUUCCGUGAUGGCUGUGUGGACCAUUGCCCCAUCCAGAGGGCAAAAUCAAUCGUCGUGCAGCUAAAAAACAUGUCCGCCUUUGGAUCUGCGGCUGUCAUGCCUCUGUUUCUUCUGUCCCACAAGGUGCUACUCUCCUCCCUGGAAUAUACUCUGUGGGUGCCUUUCAAAAGCAGUGAGAACAAGGUCUUCGUCCCUCUGCUGUAAUGCACACACCUGACCUGUAUGUUGGGUUGGCAGAUAAACAAGAGUUAUGGUAUGUUUGCUGCAGAGGGUUACCAGUCUGGGUGACGGAUGGAUGCUGUAGGGUGGGAUGGUAAACCUUUGUUUAACUUUGGGUGGAGUUUAGUAAGAUCAAUGAGUCAACCUGGCCUUAAAGACCCCCCCUGUUUCCCACUAUCGCCGCCAAUUCAUGCUGAGGUGCUAAAUCUCUUGUGAUCCUACAGAGAUUUUUUUUUCAAUCGUGACAUAAUAACGGCCGCAGAGUUUUCUUCUGUGCCAGCUUCCCUUUGUUCUCUGUGGUUCAGUUAUGUUAAAGGACAACCGUUUCCCACCCUUUCAAGAAAAGGGGCUGUGCGCUCAAUAACAUAUCCCUUGCUAGUGGCGUAAAUUCCCAAAUCAAUUGGGGUGGAAAAUGCUAGGAUGAGGGUGGUCUUUGCAGCUCAAGCAGGCUGGGUUCGCUCUGACUUGCUACUGGAAUUAUCGAUCCUAAAAAUGCCCUCUGACAGGUGGAUUUUAAGGCACAAAGUCCAUUUGUGCUAAAAAAAAACCCCACACAACCCAGAUGAUCCCACAAUACCGCUUCCAGGUCGAGCAAAUGUAAGAUGUAUACUCAGCCGUUCCCGCCAAUUUUGUCUCUACUCCAUGUGGAUUUAUUUGCUUCCCUCCCCCUUUCUGAUUCUGUUGUGGUUAAAAAAUGUGCCUUUCCUACUCAGGACUUGUUGAAAUUCAACUACUGACCAUUUGGUGGUUCUUUGUGUCUAACACGCUCCUUUUCCUGUGAACCAUAUUCUUCAUUAAACCUGACCUUGUUGCGUGGAAAUUCAAUAAAAGGUGUGGCGAAAUC